AUGGAUCGACAGACAAGGACAGGCCUUCCAUUUAUGCAACAGAAUGCCUCAAUCCAGAGUCCUGAAACUGAGUACAAGAUGGAGACUGAAAGGAGCGAUCGAGCUGCGGUGAGGUCCCUUCUGAUUGAUGAGAUGACAAAACAACAUCCACAGUCUGUUGAAGGCAUCCAACAGCAGAGCAGCUUGUUGGCACUGAUCCUGGUCUAUGGGGAUGAGAUAGAUCAGGCCAGCCAGAAAAAAGUGAUAGAUAUUUUGACAGAGAUGAUGCGGUUUUUGACGAAUCCAGAAAACACAGUGAAUGUGCCUUCGGAAGAAAUUGAGAUAGCUCUUAAGAAUGUUGUGGCAAUAAUCGGUGGAAUGAACGCUGCUCUUGGCAACAAUGGCAACCAUGCUCUGACCUGUGACCUGAAGGCAGCUACAAAAGAGACAGCCUGGUUUGAAUAUGACACAGACCUGGAUGCUAAGGGAGGAGAUGAUGAUUUCAGUUCUGCUGAUUCAUUUGAAGAGGCCAUGAAACUGCACACGGCUCGAAUCAACAGGAUCAAGCAAGCGCAGCUAUCUCAGGAGGCACGAGAACAGCUUCUGCAAGUUCUGGAUCAACAGGUUGCAUGCUUCUCUCUCAUGAGUGUCUCAGGCCAAACACUGGAGUGUAAUUCCCUGAAAAUGAAGCAAGUUCUGGAGAAGACCAGUGUUGAAGAGCUCAGCGGUAUGCAACUGCUAGCCCCUGGAUCUUCUGGUGGAGUUAUCUUCCCUAAUACAUCAUUCCUGAAUGGCUUGGACAGUGAAGAAUCUGUUGUUGUUGCGGUGUCCCAGUCAACAGAUUAUCCUCUCAAAUACUCUGAAAUGGCAAAAGGCAUCUCACCCUACAGCAAUUUUAUCACCAUUAGUCUGUACAGCCAAAACAACACCAAGAUUUCAGUGCAGACGCUGCCAGAACCAAUGAAGGUCAUAAUUCCAGCAGAUGCCAAUAUCAAAGAGCCUAAAUCGGAGGACACCAAUCCCAUUAUAGCCUCGUGGAACAACAUCAUGAUCUACGUGGUCAAUGUGGACAGACCCCAGUCAGCUGUCAUUGCAGAAUUCCCUGGUCUGAGAAAAGAUAGACAAUUUUUGAUGAUGGCCAAGUUUGGGAAACUACCAAUAAUUGCCAUAGACCCUACUGAUGAUCAAUGUGAUUACGUGACUUUGUUGCCUCAGUCCAUGACGGAAAAUUUAGAUGACAAAAACCGCUACCGGUUCUACAUAAACAACACCAUAAUUGGCAAUUUUACGGGUGUGGUAUACAUUGGAAUACGGGAACUCAACUCAACAGAGUUUGACAUGGAUCUCAGCAAGGGCUGUGUCUCGCUGCCUCGAUACGCUAACGGCACCAACUAUUUUACAGGAAACUUCAGUGUUCGAAUCUAUGUGACUCAGUGUCUGGUGAUCAGCGACACUCAAACAGACUGGACUACAAACGGAUGUGUGGUGGGCAUCGAGACAUCCUGGUUCCAGGUAGUCUGCUACUGUACUCACUUGACCACGUUCGCUGGUGGCUGGGUGGUGGUUCCCAACACCAUUGACUGGAGCUAUGUCUUCGCCAAUGCCGACUUCCUCACAAAUCCCACUAUCUACAUCACUGUCAUCGUCACUGCUGCCCUCUACAUCAUCUUCGCCAUCUUGGCCCGCUACAAGGAUAAAAAACUGGCAGAGAAGCUGGGUAUCGCGCCACUGCCAGACAACGACCCACGGGACAAGUAUUUCUAUGAGGUUAUUGUCAGUACAGGCAUGAGACGGAAUGCUGGAACAGACUCCCAGGUUUGCUUCAUCAUGUCUGGUGAAGAUGAUGAGACCGAUGUGCGGGCAUUCUCUGACAGCAAGAGAAAGAUCUUCAGGAGAGGCCAAAUUGAUGGCUUCCUGAUGGCAGUACCCAG